AUGUCUCCCUCGAAGGCAAGCUCGCUGGCUUGCGUUCUUGUGGCCAUGUUGGCAAUGUAUGCCGGGCUUGUUUCGGCUUCUUGCCCAUCCGACGAGCCUGCCGUGUUUCUCGGAGAGAAGGGCUACCUCACCUUCCCUAAUGUGUAUGGUCCCGUGAAUAACACACGCAACAAACUCUUCACCCACUUUGCGAUGGACUUGAAGCUGCGCAAGGGCCCUUCCGCGAGCCGGGAAUUUCGCGUUUUCAGUGUCCGCCACAACUAUUGGGUCGACUUUCUCGACGUUUGGGUGAACGUCCUGUGCGAUGACAGUGCUCAAGUUGUUGUGAACUUCAACGCUGGACAAGGGCUCAUGUCGUUUUCCGCCGACUUUAGCAAACUCCUCAACUAUAAAUGGCACACGCUGAAAGUGACCACCUCGCCCGGUCGCGUCUUUAUCUACAUUGAUACGGAGAUGGUCCAGGAGCACUACUACUUGG